GGUUGGGUCUUAGAUAGUCACAUAGAAAUUUGUUUAGAUGCAAAUGUAUUAGGAAAUUUACCGUGUUCAAUUCACCUGACAGAGGGCAGAAGCUGUCUUAAAUGGUACUUUGAUGAACCUGUAGUGACGGCGACUGACGAAAGGAGCAACUAAUCAGAACUACUGCCACAAUGAGUUUUCCCGACAAGGCGGAGCGCACCAAGUGCUGGAGCACACGUGAUGAGUAUUGGAAGUGCCUGGACGACAAUGCGCCCAAGCACAGCUCAACGAGUGGCGAACAAAUUCCUAACGUUUGCAAGCAACUGCGUAAGGCCUUCGAGCAAUCCUGUCCUAGUCAGUGGGUGAAACACUUUGACCGCAAACGUACAUACGAGCAGUUCAAGGAGAAAAUGGCCAGCGGCUAUGAUCCACUGUUGGAACGCACUAAGGCUGAAAGAGGCGGAAAAUGAAGGACGAACAUAUGUUUGUUAUUACACUGUUCUUUUUUAAUUGCAAUUUUGUAUUGUUAUAGUGUAGUCUAAAGAAACAAACCAUAAGCUCUGUAAAAACAUACAUAUGUACAUAGAUACUAUAUACAAUAGAAGCCCACUUUCGAUGUAUUAA